GCAGGCAGGAUGCUGCAGCUCGGGACCUGGCAUAAGUCUAUGACAAUCGGAAUCAAGCCAGACCCUAUGCAAACAACGACAUGAGGCUAAACUCAUACACUCACGUACCCUGGCGUGCGCACCGUGACGGAGACGUCUGCCUUGUCCUGAGCCACUCAUCCGCUGUCUUCGUGUGGGGCCGUGGAUUGUAGACGGACCAAUAUACACCAAAAGAGGGUCGUCUCGUGCGCGGUUGAAUACUCAGAGGUUCACCUUUGGAGAAGAAAGACAGUCCGAGUUUAUGGAACAAGUCCCAUAGAAGCCAAUCUGCUCAAAUCCCUUCAAGUCCCCUGUGCACACUAGACCUAUCAAACUUGCUGACUUACCUCCACAGCUCAACCCUCCAGAGCCCACAGCUGUGCAACAAAACCUGCAACUCAAAUGGAGUCCCGGCACACAGACCCAUCCACUGCCCAUACGGAAAUGUCUAGCAUUAGAAGACCAAGGCCCACAGCUCUUGGGAAUAAAAACAUAACACGGAUCUCUGAGCCUUUGCUAGACAUUGAUUUGAUUCCAGUGUGUAUUCCAGGUCCUCAAAGCAUCAAUGUCCCCUCAUGUACUCCGACUGAAUUUACUGUUCCUCUUCAAAGUCCUCACAGUCCUCAGUCAUACUCCAGCCAGUCUCACCUGAGCCCCAGUUUGCCCAUGCCCCCUGCUCAGGUCAACUCUGAACCCAGCCCCAGUCCCAUGCAGAGCCAAGCGUCACCAGAGAAAUCAGAUGAAGGCAGUGAUUUCAGGGUGUACAUUGUCACAUGGAAUGUGGGAUCUGCAGUGGCCCCAGAUGACAUCACGUCUCUGUUUGGACCAAAUGUUUCAGAUGGAAGCAUUGACAUGUUUGUCAUUGGACUUCAGGAAGUCAAUUCCAUGAUCAACAAGAGGCUGAAGGAUGCUCUUUUCUCAGACCCCUGGAGUGAACUUUGCAUGGACACACUAAGUCCAUUUGGAUAUGUUUUGGUGGCAUCCCAGCGAAUGCAGGGUGUACUUCUGCUGGUCUUCUCUAAAUUCUGCCAUCUGCCCUUCUUGCGGGGCAUACAGACCCAGAGCACACGGACAGGACUGGGAGGAUACUGGGGAAACAAAGGAGGCGUGAGCGCGAGGAUGAUGGUGUUCGGCCACACAGUGUGCUUCCUAAACUGUCACCUGCCAGCGCACAUGAGGAACUUGGAGCAAAGGAUGGAGGACUUCGAGAGCAUCCUCCAGCAGCAACAGUUUGAAGGAGGAUCUGCCACUGGUGUCCUGGACCAUGAUGUAAUAUUUUGGUUUGGAGAUCUGAAUUUCAGAAUUGAGGAUUAUGACAUUCAUGUUGUAAAAUGUGCAAUCGACAGCAAUAAACUGCCUCUUCUGUGGGAGCGAGAUCAGUUGAAUAUGGCUAAAAACACAGAAUCUAUAUUAGAUGGCUUCAUGGAGGGUCUGCUCAAAUUUCCACCCACUUAUAAGUUUGAUGUGGGGACUAAUACAUAUGAUACCAGUGCAAAGAAGAGAAAACCUGCCUGGACUGAUCGCAUCCUGUGGCGUCUUCGUCGUACUGGCUCUCCUGUUCCUUCCCACAAUGCAGCACUGCAGCGAGGUCUAACAUCCUGGUUUGGGGGCACAACCAAAGUGACACAGCACACCUACAGCAGUCACAUGGGUUACACUGUGAGUGACCACAAGCCAGUUUCUUCCCUGUUUUCAUUGCAGUUUCCAUUCAGAGUGGAUAAACCUCUAGUGGAGCUACAAGUAAACAAAGAGUGGAAUAAAGUAUCUGAUGCUACAGUGAGAGUAAAUGUAGCUUUAAGUUAUCAGCGGAGCUCUUGGGACUGGGUGGCAAUUUACAAGAUUGGGUUCAGACAUUACAAAGACUACCAAGCCUAUGUGUGGGCUAAGGGAGAGCAUGGCUCACAGGUGACAUUUCCAGAAGAAGAAUUACCAAAGGAUGAUUGUGACUACAUCCUAGGUUAUUAUAGCAAUACUAUGAACAGUAUUGUUGGGUUGUCAAUACCCAUUCAGAUAAAAAUGCCUAUCCACAGCCCAACCCUGCAGAAAUCUGACAGUUCAGACAUCAGUUCAGAGGAUGACAGCACUCUUGUACUGCUGGCUCCAAACUCCCGCAGUCCUAGUCCAAAAACAGGAAAACACCACCAGCGUCUUCGACGCAGCCGCAGUCCAGCAGUCCCUGCUCUUACCUCCAACCCUCUUCCUGCAUUGCAAGGUCUGAGCCUCAGCCCAUUGUCAAAGGACAACCAGAUGCCCAGUCGCUCACCUUGUUCUUCAGCUAAAAAGGAACGUCUGGUUUCUCCUGAUGUGAUAUCAUCACCGGCAGCCAGCCCCCUCAGUCCUCGCAGCCCCGUAUCUCCAGGCAGUCGAGUGUCUGCUCCAGAAGCCUUGGUUGCAGCCAUCUUAGGGGAUAACAGACACACUGGUUUUAAACCAAAUACAUAGGAGUGACACACAGCUUAAUAGGUUAUACAACUGUAACUUUUCAGUAGGCCCACAUAGAUUCUACCCUGGUCUCUUUGUGUCACACUGCUAAUAGAAGCAGCACAUUACUGAUGAGUAGAUUAAGACAUUCCUGUAAUUUCUGUAUUCACAAAUAGGCCUACAUAUUGUGACAAAUAUGAUCUGGACCAGCAAAGUGCUUUUACAGACUCAGAAGCUGUAUCACACCAUACAUAUUGAAUGUGAAGCCAAAGUAAAAGGACUUGCGAAGGUGUAAUAUACAAUUAAGGAUUCAUAUGAACUUUGUUUCAUCAGAUGAGGACUCUGAAUCCUCAGUAUUGUGCAAUUCAUGGUUCCCAAGUAAAAGAAGGAAAUAAAAUGAUUGUCUUUG